CGGUGGCUGGCUGAUGGUUCCCCCAGGUUCUCAUUUCAAACUCUUUCUGACCUAAGGGGAUGAAAAAUGUGCUGCAGUGCGAGAUGUGAGAACGUGACGUUAAUGCGCUAAAGUCUCGUGUGAUAAUACGGUUACUGUCACGGACGGAGGAACCGUAACGUCCCGCUGUUCUCCGUUGCAAUGAGCGGUGCUCCGCUGAAGAGGUGCUACAAGGAGCUGCCGGUGUGGAUAGUUGAGGACCACCACGAUGUAGUGCGUCACAUCUAUCGUGCCAUUGCAUCAAGACAUCUCCCACUGAGGAACAUCAAGAUGGUCCAUUUAGACUCCCAUCCUGAUCUGCUCAUCCCUGUCAACAUGUCCGCUGACACUGUCUUUGACAAGGACAAACUCUUCAGUGAGUUGAGUAUAGAGAACUGGAUCAUGCCCAUGGUGUAUGCCGGCCAUGUGUCAUGUGUGGCAUGGCUGCAUCCAUAUUGGGCCCAGCAGAUCACAGAGGGGGAGCACAGGAUGGCUGUAGGAAGAGACUCCUCCACCACCACCAUCAGGGUGACCAGUACAGACAACUACUUCCUGAGUGAUGGUCUGUAUAUGUCGGAGAAGCAGCUGGAGAACUCUAAACCUCUCAGGCUGAAUGUGGUCAAAGUCAAUCCUGUUAAACCAAGUCAUGGCUCACUAACAGGAGAAAGGAGUGAGGAGGACACAGAGAGAUGGUUUGCCAAGAGAGCCCGGACAGACUUUAAUGUAGCUGGAGAGACCAGCUGCUCUGAGCCCCUCCUAACAUGCACUGACACCCUGCAGCCAGCAGAGGGCAGCCACAGGACAGGCUUUGGGGAUGAUGAAGAAGGAUCCACCAGUUACGUUGUGAAGAGAAUAUCUGCUUGUCUAAGUGAGACAGAGCCGUACAUCCUGGACAUUGAUUUGGACUUCUUCUCCUGUAAGAAUCCCUUCAAAGAGUUAUACACACAGGAAGAGUACGCCAUCCUCAAGGAGCUCUACAACUUCAGAGGACCCAGCACUGAUGCUGAGGAGGAGGAGCUUGAUGAGUGUGUGGAUCGUCGUGUUCGUCAGUUAGAGGACCUGGAAGCAGCAUUUGCUGAUCUGCUGGAGGAUGAUGGGGAAGAGACGGUUUCCCGCUGGGCCAGUAACCCCGGUAUGGCUUCAUUAGCCCAACUGGUUUCCAGUUUGAAGUCAAGAAAUAUGUGCCCUGACUAUGAAAUGGUCCAUCAGGCAGGGUUAACCUGUGACUCGGUCGAACUGCCUCACCACAUCAGCACUGACGAGGAGAUUGACUCACUCAUCUCAGCUGUACAGCUGUUUCUCAAGGCUCUGCCCAAACCCACACUGGUGACUAUGUCCAGGUCUAGUCUGGAUGAAUACUGCCCGGUAGAGCAGGUGGAUUCAGUCCAGAGCAAAGUACUGGCUGCACUGGAGAGCCUGUAUGGGCCCCUGGACUUACACAAAGACUUUGAAAACAGCAGCACAAACACUCAGGACUGCCAACCACAGGCUUCUUAACACACACAUACACACACACACACACAUACACACACACACACACACACACACACACACACACAGAUGACACUGUGUGGUGUAGUGGAUGCACUGUUUGAUGAAGAAAAAACACUUAAAAAAGACAUGUCAGACAUGUUUGUGGUGAAUCUGGAGGUUAAUUUAUAUUUUAUGUGCAAAAGGUGGCGCAUAUUUUCAGAAUUUUGGUCAUGAUCAUGUAUGACAUGUGUUUACAUUAGAAGAGGCCACAGAAGCUGAUGUUUUCUUACAGUCAACAAAUCCCAUGUUCAGACCUGCAACACAUGUAUCCUGACACGUGUUUGUAACCCAUUUGAGGGAAUAUAUGUUGAAGGCAUUAGAUCCUCCAGCAGAAUCCAGCUGUGGUGACCUGUUUUUUUUCCUAAUUACUUAACAGAUAAAUAAAGUGUUAGACUUCUUUAAACACUACUGGAAUCUUUCCACAUGUUUCUUGACCUGCUUUAACCUCCUCUAAAUAAAGAGCAGAUGGGUGGAACGCUUCA